AAUUUCCAGCCGAUGACUUGGAGCUGCUGCUGCAGCCCCGGGAAUGCCGGACCACAGAGCCUGGGAUCCCCGAGGAUGGGCUCCAGAAUCCAACAUCCCUGAGUUCAACUCCUGGCCCGGCUGUGUGACCUUGGACAAGGCAUCCUCCCUCUCUGAGCCUCCAUCUCCCCAUCUCUGAAAUGGGCAGAUGACUGUCCCAACCUCCUUGGCCAUUAGAACAUGGGGCGCUACCUCUGUUUACCCUGAUUUUAUUUUGCUGCAGAAAACUGGAUGCCCAGGUGCGGGCUGCGGUGGAAAUGUACACUGAGGACUGGGUGAUUGUCCACAGAAGGUACCAGCAUCUGAGUGCAGCGUACAGCCCCAUCACCCCAGAAACACAACGAGAGCGACAGAAGGGCCUCACCCACCAGAUCUUUGAACAGGACACUUCUGGGGAUGAGAGGUCCAGCCCUGAGGACUCGGAUGACACCCGGCGCUGCUCAGGCUCCCUAGAUGACACCCCUCGAAGCAGCGGCGCCUCUGGUAUCUUUGACCUGAGGAACUUGGCCGCAGACACGUUGCUGCCCUCACUGCUGGAGCGGGCAGCCCCCGAGGACGUGGACCGGCGCAAUGAAGCCCUUCGGCGGCAGCAGCGGUCCCCUGCCCUGCUCACCCUCUACCCUGCGCCCGACGAGGACGAGACUGUGGAGCGCUGCAGCCGCCCGGAGCCACCCCGUGAACACUUUGGACAGAGGAUCCUGGUCAAGUGUCUGUCACUCAAGUUCGAGAUCGAAAUUGAACCCAUCUUUGGGAUCUUGGCUCUGUAUGACGUGCGGGAGAAAAAGAAGAUCUCAGAGAACUUCUACUUCGACCUGAACUCAGACUCCAUGAAAGGGCUGCUUCGGGCCCACGGCACCCACCCGGCCAUCUCUACCCUGGCCCGCUCUGCCAUCUUCUCCGUGACCUACCCCUCACCCGACAUCUUCCUGGUCAUCAAGCUGGAGAAGGUGCUGCAGCAAGGGGAUAUCAGCGAGUGCUGCGAGCCCUACAUGGUGAUGAAGGAGGUGGACACAGCCAAGAACAAAGAGAAGCUGGAGAAGCUGCGCCUGGCGGCGGAGCAGUUCUGCACCCGCCUGGGCCGCUACCGCAUGCCCUUCGCCUGGACGGCCGUGCACUUGGCCAACAUCGUGAACAGCGCGGGGCAGCCAGACCGAGACUCGGACUCCGAGGGCGAGCGCCGACCCACCUGGACUGACCGCCGCCGUCGGGGGCCCCAGGACCGGACAAGUAGCGGGGACGACGUGUGCAGCUUCUCUGGCUUCCGCCCAGCCACGCUAACUGUCACCAACUUCUUUAAGCAGGAAGCCGAACGUCUCAGCGACGAGGACCUUUUCAAGUUCCUGGCUGAUAUGCGGCGCCCGUCAUCCCUGUUGCGGCGCCUGCGGCCUGUGACUGCCCAGCUCAAGAUCGACAUUUCCCCGGCCCCCGAGAAUCCCCACUUCUGCCUCUCUCCUGAGCUGCUUCAUGUUAAGCCCUACCCAGAUCCCCGGGGCCGGCCCACCAAGGAGAUCCUGGAGUUCCCUGCCCGCGAAGUCUACGCCCCCCACACCAGCUACAGGAACCUGCUGUACGUGUACCCGCACAGCCUCAACUUCAGCAGCCGUCAGGGCUCUGUGCGCAACCUCACCGUGCGCGUGCAGUACAUGGCGGGCGAGGACCCCAGCCAGGCCCUGCCGGUCAUCUUCGGCAAGUCCAGCUGCAGCGAAUUCACCCGCGAGGCCUUCACACCAGUGGUCUACCACAACAAGUCCCCAGAGUUCUACGAGGAGUUCAAGCUGCGUCUCCCGGCCUGCGUGACCGAGAACCAUCACCUGCUUUUCACCUUCUACCAUGUCAGCUGCCAGCCCCGGCCAGGCACAGCCCUGGAGACACCUGUGGGCUUUACCUGGAUCCCACUGCUGCAGCACGGCCGCCUGAGGACCGGCCCCUUCUGCCUCCCCGUGUCUGUGGACCAGCCCCCACCCAGCUAUUCCGUGCUCACACCAGACGUGGCGCUGCCGGGCAUGCGCUGGGUGGAUGGCCACAAGGGGGUGUUCAGCGUGGAGCUCACAGCCAUGUCAUCUGUGCACCCGCAGGACCCCCACGUGGACAAGUUCUUUACCCUGGUGCAUGUCCUGGAGGAGGGGACCUUCCCGUUCCGGCUCAAGGACGCCGUGCUGAGCGAGGGCACCAUGGAGCAGGAGCUGCGGGCCAGCCUCGCGGCACUGCGCCUGGCCAGCCCCGAGCCUCUUGUGGCCUUCUCGCACCAUGUGCUGGACAAGCUCGUGCAUCUGGUUGUGCGGCCCCCGAUCAUCAGCGGCCAGAUUGUGAACCUGGGCCGUGGGGCCUUUGAAGCAAUGGCUCAUGUGGUCAGCCUUGUCCACCGGAGCCUGGAGGCUGCCCAGGAUGCCCGUGGUCACUGCCCGCUGCUGGCUGCCUAUGUCUACUACGCCUUUCGCCUGCCUGGCACCGAGCCCAGCCUCCCGGGUGGAGCCCCACCAGUGACAGUGCAGGCUGCCACUCUGUCCCGUGGCUCUGGCCGCCCCACAAGCCUCUACCUGGCCCGUUCUAAGAGCAUCAGCAGCAGCAACCCUGACCUGGCCGUGGGCCCUGGCUCUGUGGACGAUGAGGUUUCCCGCAUCCUGGCCAGCAAGGGCAUCGAUCGCUCACACUCCUGGGUGAAUUCUGCUUAUGCUCCAGGAGGCAGCAAGGCUGUGCUGCGGCGGGUGCCCCCUUAUUGCGGGGCCGACCCCAGACAGCUGCUGCACGAGGAGCUCGCUCUGCAGUGGGUGGUGAGCAGCAGCGCCGUGCGCGAGGCCAUCCUGCAGCACGCCUGGUUCUUCUUCCAGCUCAUGGUGAAGAGCAUGGCACUGCACCUGCUUCUGGGCCAGCGGCUGGACACGCCCCGCAAGCUACGCUUCCCUGGACGCUUCCUGGACGACAUCGCAGCCCUGGUGGGCUCUGUGGGCCUGGAGGUCCUCACCCGGGUCCACAAGGACAUGGAGUUGGCCGAACGCCUCAACGCCAGCCUGGCCUUCUUCCUCAGUGACCUCUUGUCCCUGGCUGAUCGGGGAUUUGUCUUCAGCCUGGUCCGGGCCCACUAUAAGCAGGUGGCCACACGGCUCCAGUCAGCCCCCAACCCGGCAACACUCCUGACCCUGCGCAUGGAGUUCACCCGGAUCCUGUGCAGCCAUGAACACUACGUGACCCUCAACCUCCCCUGCUGCCCCCUGUCACCCCCGGCCUCGCCCUCCCCCUCCGUAUCCUCCACCACCUCCCAGAGCUCCACCUUCUCCAGCCAGGCCCCAGACCCCAAGGUGACCAGCAUGUUUGAGCUGAGUGGGCCAUUCCGGCAGCAGCACUUCCUGGCUGGGCUCCUGCUGUCGGAGCUGGCACUGGCCCUUGAACCUGAAACUGAAGGGGCAUCCCUGCUGCACAAGAAGGCCAUCAGUGCAGUGCACAGCCUGCUCUGUGGCCACGACACUGACCCCCGCUAUGCUGAGCCCACCGUGAAGGCCCGUGUGGCCGAGCUGUACCUGCCGCUGCUGUCACUUGCACGGGACACACUGCCACGGCUGCAUGACUUUGCUGAGGGCCCAGGUCAGAGGUCAAGACUGGCCUCACUGCUCGACUCAGACACAGAAAGCGAGGGGGACAUUGGAGGUACCAUCAACCCCUCAGUGGCCAUGGCCAUCGCUGGUGGCCCCCUGGCCCCUGGUUCCCGGGCCAGCAUCUCCCAGGGGCCACCAACAGCUGCUCGCUCAGGUUGUCUGCUCUCUGCUGAGUCAAGUCGGACCUUGCUGGCCUGUGUGCUGUGGGUACUGAAAAAUGCAGAGCCAGCCCUUCUGCAGCGCUGGGCUACCGACCUAUCCCUCCCACAGCUGGGACGGCUCUUGGACUUGCUGUGCCUCUGCCUGGCUGCUUUUGAAUAUAAGGGGAAAAAGGCCUUUGAGCGCAUCAACAGCCUCACAUUCAAGAAGUCACUGGAUAUGAAGGCACGGUUAGAGGAAGCCAUCUUGGGCACCAUCGGUGCUCGCCAAGACAUGGUGCGACGGAGUCGUGAGAGGAGCCCAUUUGGGAACCCAGAGAACGUACGCUGGCGGAAGAGCAUCACACACUGGAAACCCACCUCAGACCGCAUGGACAAGACCAAGGACGAAAUGGAACAUGAAGCCUUGGUGGAUGGAAACCUGGCAACCGAGGCGAGCCUGGUGGUUCUGGACACUCUGGAGAUCAUCGUGCAGACGGUGAUGCUGUCAGAGGCCCGGGAGAGCGUCCUGGGCGCGGUGCUGAAGGUGGUGCUGUACAGUCUGGGCAGUGCCCAGAGUGCCCUUUUCUUACAGCAUGGCCUGGCCACCCAGCGGGCCCUGGUGUCCAAGUUCCCGGAGCUGCUGUUUGAGGAGGACACGGAGCUGUGUGCCGACCUCUGCCUGAGGCUCCUGCGACACUGCGGCAGCCGCAUCAGCACCAUCCGCGUGCACGCCAGCGCCUCGCUCUACCUCCUCAUGCGCCAGAACUUCGAGAUUGGCCACAACUUUGCCCGCGUGAAGAUGCAAGUGACCAUGUCACUUUCGUCCCUGGUGGGGACGACGCAGAACUUUAGUGAAGAGCACCUGCGACGGUCCCUUAAGACCAUCCUCACCUAUGCCGAGGAGGACGUGGGGCUGAGGGACAGCACCUUCGCCGAGCAGGUCCAAGACCUUAUGUUCAACCUGCACAUGAUCCUGACUGACACGGUAAAGAUGAAGGAGCACCAGGAGGACCCCGAGAUGCUCAUCGACCUCAUGUACAGGAUUGCCCGGGGCUACCAGGGCUCCCCCGACCUGCGGCUGACAUGGCUGCAGAACAUGGCAGGGAAGCACGCAGAGCUGGGCAACCACGCCGAGGCCGCCCAGUGCAUGGUGCAUGCGGCUGCGCUGGUGGCCGAGUAUCUCGCCCUCCUUGAGGACAGCCGCCACUUGCCCGUGGGCUGCGUGUCCUUCCAGAAUAUCUCGUCCAAUGUUCUGGAGGAGUCUGCCAUCUCCGAUGACAUCCUGUCACCCGAUGAGGAGGGCUUCUGUUCCGGGAAGCACUUCACGGAGCUGGGGCUGGUGGGGCUGCUGGAACAGGCGGCCGCCUACUUCACCAUGGGUGGGCUCUACGAGGCAGUGAACGAGGUCUACAAGACUCUCAUCCCCAUCCUGGAAGCCCACCGAGACUACAAGAAGCUGGCCGCUGUGCAUGGCAAACUCCAGGAGGCCUUCACCAAGAUCAUGCACCAGAGCUCUGGCUGGGAGCGCGUAUUCGGGACGUAUUUUCGGGUGGGAUUCUACGGCGCCCGCUUUGGUGACCUUGACGAGCAGGAGUUUGUGUACAAGGAGCCGUCGAUCACGAAGCUGGCGGAGAUCUCCCACCGGCUGGAGGAGUUCUACACAGAGAGGUUCGGGGAGGACGUUGUCGAGAUUAUCAAAGACUCAAACCCCGUGGACAAGACCAAGCUUGAUCCACAGAAGGCCUAUAUCCAGAUCACAUACGUGGAACCACACUUUGACACAUAUGAGCUCAAGGACCGGGUGACCUACUUUGACCGCAACUAUGGGCUGCGCACCUUCCUGUUCUGCACACCAUUCACGCCAGAUGGGCGUGCGCAUGGGGAGCUGCCGGAGCAGCACAAGCGAAAGACGCUGCUCAGUACCGACCAUGCCUUCCCCUACAUCAAGACGCGCAUCCGCGUGUGCCACCGGGAGGAGACGGUGCUGACUCCAGUGGAGGUGGCCAUCGAGGACAUGCAGAAGAAGACACGGGAGCUGGCCUUUGCCACUGAGCAGGACCCACCAGACUCUAAGAUGCUGCAGAUGGUGCUGCAGGGCUCUGUGGGGCCCACCGUGAACCAGGGUCCCCUGGAGGUGGCCCAGGUGUUUUUGGCAGAGAUACCGGAAGACCCCAAGCUCUUCCGGCAUCAUAACAAACUGCGGCUCUGCUUCAAGGAUUUUUGCAAAAAGUGUGAGGACGCUCUGCGGAAGAAUAAGGCCCUGAUCGGGCCGGACCAGAAGGAGUACCACCGAGAGCUGGAGCGCCACUACUGCCGCCUGCGAGAGGCUCUGCAGCCGCUGCUCACCCAGCGCCUGCCGCAUCUGCUGGCACCGACCCCAGCCAGCCUCAGGAACUCCUUGAACAGAGCAAGUUUCCGGAAGACAGACCUCUGAGCAUAAAAAGGCCUGAAGCCACACCCAGAGGAACCAGCACGCAGGCCUCAGCUGUCUGUGCCUUACUGGGAGUCUCCCCUACUGCCCACUUGGCCUGGGGGUAGGGUGGGGGGGUGGUGACCACCUGGCACGUGGGGCUGGGCCCUCUGUUCCCCUGUUUGUCUGUUCCCCAUCUGUGUGCACUGAUGCUUACCUUUUUUAAUUUAAGAUUGUUUUUAUAAGCAA